AUGCAUUUUCAAACGAAAUUUCUUUUGUUGAGUAACUUCUUUUGUUUAUAUUUUUCAAUAACCGGAUCUACAAAAUCGAAACCAAAUAUAGUUUUCAUGCUUGCGGAUGACUACGGUUGGAACGACGUCGGGUUCCAUGGAAGCACCCAAGUCAAGACCCCCACUUUGGACAAUAUGGCUAAAGAGGGGGUCAUCCUCAACAACUAUUACCUGCAGCAACUCUGCUCGCCCAGCCGCGCGGCUUUGUUGACAGGACGAUACCCCAUCCGCACCGGAAUGCAGUACUUCCUGAUUGAGGCCGGACAACGCCUGGGCGUGCCCCUGAACUUUAAGUUCAUGCCAGAGUAUUUGAAUGAGUUGGGAUAUGAGAGCCACAUGGUUGGAAAGUGGCAUCUUGGAAUGUUCAAUAAAAAUUACACUCCAACUUACAGAGGAUUCAAGACGUUCUUAGGAUACUACAAUGGCUACACCGACUAUUUCGACCACAGAACACGAGAGCCCCCUGAAGGAAUGGAUCCAAACGAGUGGUGGGGUUUGGACUGGAACUUCAACGAGGGCGAAAACCUGACGAGUAUCAACAGUGACUUUGGAAAGUACGGCACCCACGUGAUGCAGAAUAGAGCAAAUGACGUCAUCAAAGGACAUGACUUCAAUUCGAAGCCUCUCUUUCUCUAUCUGCCAUUCCAAAAUGUGCAUAGUGGCAAUGAUGUUGACCCCAUCCAAGUACCCAUUGAAGUUGAGAUGCAGCAUCCGAAUAUUUGGAACACACUUCGUCGUAAAUAUGUUGGCGUAGUUCAAGAACUGGACAAUGCCGUGCGAAACAUCACUGAAACUCUCUCUAAUGUUGGAGUGCUAAACAACACAAUAAUCAUUUUCAGUACUGACAACGGAGGAGCUCCGAAUGGAUUUGAAAACAAUAUGGGAAGCAACUUUCCUCUCAGAUCCGGCAAAGGGUACUACUUUGAGGGUGGUAUCCGGGGUUCCGCGUUCGUUUUUGGUCCCAUGUUCAAAAAUCGGGCCGGAAACGUUUCGACUGAUUUAAUGCACGUCACUGAUUGGCUGCCGACUCUGUACGAGGCAGCUGGGGGUUCGGUUAGUGAUCUCGGAGACGUUGAUGGUCACAGUAUGUGGUCGGUGCUGACAGGUGUGAACAAAACGUGUCCUCGCACGGAAGUGUUGGUUAACAUCAACCCUAUCAAAAACUCAAAAGCAAUCAGAGUUGGAAAGUACAAAUACUUGCUUAACCCGUACGACGUGAUGGACGCAGAAGCUCCCGGCGAGUUACCUGACACAUUUGACGUCGUCGAGCCAAACAACACUCCAGCUCAAAUCUGGUGCGGAAAAAUACCUGCAAACGUCGACACCAAAUGCCACUCUGAAAGCACUGGACAAGAUGAAUGUAUAUUCGACAUUGAAAAUGACCCAUGCGAAUACUACAACUUAGUCGACAAUCCGGACUACAAGAGUGUGAAAGCAAUGCUUCUGGAUCGACUAGACUAUUGGGACUACAAAAGUGUCCAGCCACUAGUUCCGCCGUAUGACCCGGAAGGCUCACCGGCGAAAUUAGGUUUUGUGUUUAAACCAUGGACAGACAAUGCCACGAUUCCAAACAAUCGAAAUGAUAUAGAGAUUCCAGUUGAAUCUUAUCCGAAUGAAGUGAAGUAA